CGUUUUGUUUUUUGCUACAUGACUUGCCAGUGUUUGGAGACAUUGGUGCGACAGAGAGCCGUGAGCGCUGCUGCUCCUGAAUUCUUCCUGCUGCAACUUCACUUGAGUGUCCUGCUCCCAUCUUUGUGAUAUGUUGGACAUGGGGGAGAGGAAGGAAGUGAAAAUGAUGCCCAAGUCAUCCUUCAGCAUCAACAGCCUGGUGCCUGAAGCCGUCCAAAAUGACAACCACCCUCAGCCUCAGCACCACCACCACCACCAUCACCACCACCACCAGCUCAUCAGCCACUCUCAGCCCCACCACCGAGCCGUGCAGGAGGAGGACGAUCUGGACAAAAGCCUCUUGGAGGUAAAGACCGAGAGCCUCCCCCCUGGCAAGGUGGACUCUGCCUCUUCCGAACUGGUGGUAGGGGACUCGGACAAGGACAAGCCCGAGGAGAAGAAAGGAGAUGGUGCUGGUGCCAAAGAUGGGGAGGCUGGCAAGGACGGCGAGAAGAAGAACGGCAAGUACGAGAAGCCCCCCUUCUCCUACAAUGCCCUCAUCAUGAUGGCCAUCCGCCAGAGUCCAGAGAAGCGCCUGACCCUCAAUGGGAUCUACGAGUUCAUAAUGAAGAACUUUCCUUACUACCGGGAGAACAAGCAAGGCUGGCAGAACUCCAUCAGGCACAACCUCAGCCUGAACAAGUGCUUUGUGAAAGUACCUCGUCACUACGAUGACCCCGGCAAAGGGAACUACUGGAUGUUGGACCCCAGCAGCGAUGAUGUCUUCAUUGGUGGGACCACUGGCAAGCUUCGCAGGAGAUCUACCACGUCCAGGGCUAAGCUUGCUUUCAAGCGAGGGGCCAGGCUCACCUCCACCGGACUGACUUUCAUGGAUAGAGCUGGCUCCUUGUACUGGCCUAUGUCACCUUUCUUGUCUUUGCAUCACCCGAGGGCCAGCAGCGCUUUGAGCUACAAUGGGACAACGUCAGGUUACCCCAGCCACCCCAUGCCCUACAGUUCAGUGUUGACUCAAAACUCUUUGGGGAGCAACCACUCCUUCUCUACGUCCAAUGGCUUGAGCGUAGACAGACUUGUCAAUGGGGAAAUACCCUAUGCCACCCACCAUCUCACAGCCGCUGCCCUGGCUGCCUCCGUGCCAUGCGGGCUGCCAGUUCCUUGUUCUGGGACCUACUCCCUAAACCCUUGCUCUGUGAACCUUCUAGCUGGACAAACGGGCUACUUUUUCCCACACGUCCCCCACCCCUCCUUAACUUCCCAAAGCAGCACGUCCAUGACAGCCAGGGCUGUCUCUUCUUCCACCUCACCCCAGGCUCCUUCCACCCUCCCCUGUGAGUCUCUCAGACCAUCUUUGCCAAGUUUUACCACGGGACUAACGGGAGGACUGUCUGACUACUUUACACAUCAAAAUCAGGGUUCAUCUACCAACUCUUUGAUACAUUAACAUCCAGGGGAACAAGACUGUAAGUGAACAUUUUACACACAUUUCAAUUGUACAUGAAAACUGAAAGGAAAAAAAAAAGCAAGCGAACAAAAAAAAAAGACAAAAAACUUA